AUGAUACAAAGACUGCACCUGUGUGACCCAUGGAAGGAAGGUUCUGUGGUCUCCAGUGUCUCAGCCAAUAACAUUACAGUUGAGAAGACCUCUGCGCAUGCGGAAGCCAAUGGUGAGAAUCCAGAGCCCUUGUCUCCCGGACUCACUCAGAGCAAAGCCUGCAACUCGAAGAUCUAUCAUAAACAGUUGGCCGCCCUCAAUUGUUCUGUACGGGACUGGAUAGUUAAGCAUGUCAACACCAACCCGCUCUGUGACCUGACCCCCAUCUUCCAUGACUAUGAGAGAUACUUGGCUGACAUAGAGCAAAAGGGCCUUGCUGGCAGCGGCAGCUCUGGAAGCAGCAGCAAAGCCACGGAAGCUCAGCCCCGUCCUGCGUUUGGGAGCACCGCCCUCCCGCAGAGCUCCACGUUUUUGUUCAGCAGCAAAUCGGAGGAGACCCUCGGGAAGAAAACGGAAUUGGAAAAGAAAACGGAACUCAAACCGGCAGCUGCCUCCACUACCACCUUAUUCUCUUUUGGCAAAAGUGGCAAAUCUGGUCUGAGUUCAGGGGCGGCAGGGUCUGGAUUCUCAUUUUCCCCUGGAAAUGGAGGUUUGUUUGGCAAAGAUGCAAGCCAGACCAAGGUGGCUUCUUCCUUUUCCAAUAAUGCAUUAGACGCCCCGGCCGAAAAAGCUGGCAACACACAAACAGGGGGUGAUGAAGAGGAGGAAGAGCCGCCCAAAGUAGUAAUUAACGAAGUCAAAGAAGAGGACGCCUUUUACUCAAAGAA